AUGAACAGGCGCUUUGUCAAUCUGGUGAUGCAUAACUGGGUCGAAGGCGUUUAUUCGGUGCGCCGGAUCAAUCCUUACAAUCAUCUCUUCUACCCGUCAGCAAAGGCAGCACUUGAAGCAGCAGAUGAAGCAGCAAAGAAUAAGGAUUAUUUUCCAGUGAUGCAGUCCCUGCAGCUGCCGGACCCAGGCAUCAAGUUCACAACAACUCCCUCUGGUGGCGGUCUUGAUAUGUUCGCGCUCUUCAACCCCCGCGGCACCAGCGAAGGCAGAAUUGUUUUUGGCAAUUCGAUCGGCGAGGCUGUGCUGUACGACGCCGACAAGCAGCUCAUCAACACCAUGGGUUACCUCCACGAGCCUAAGGGAGUAGACCCCAUGUGCCUGCCUAUCGUGCACCCUGGUACCGACCAAGAUAGCUUGUAUGUCCUGGACAGUUACCCCGGGAAGGCUGAUGGUCGAUGCUUCGAGGUCCUUGAGUUCAUGCCCGAGUGCAGUGAACUGAGCAACUUGUGGACGACCUGGCGUUGGCGACUACUUCCACCGCCUCCUUUUGUCCACCAACCUGGGUAUAAACCUUCCUCUGUUCUCUCUUACACUACCACAGUCGACAGCUAUGGCUUUUCCACCAUCUACAUAUCAUGUGAGGGCAGCAUCGGCACAUAUAGCUUUCAGACAGCACACCAUGACUCCAAGCACCGUCGACGAUGGAGCCACUCGGAAGAAUGGAAGCACGUCGGGCAGUGGAAGUUGCCCUUUAAUGGCAGAGCUCAGUACAUCCCUGAGUUCAGCCUGUGGUUUGGCUUCUCAGCCUUCAGGCCCAACAACCUGUGUGCUGUGGACCUCUCUGCCAUGGUCCAUGAGCGAACACCCAUUGAGCAGCAAGUUUGGCAAGACCUGAUCCCACCUGAGGGAGUGGCGUGGAUUCCAUUACGCCGUGAGCUUCUCAACCUGGGCGAUGGCAAGUUUGUCAUUGCUAAGACCUUUGAAGCAGAAUCAACUGGUCAGCAGUUUGCUGUGCUCACUGGCGUAGAGAUGAUGCAUGAUGUUGGUGAUGAUCAGACCCUUCAGAUGGUCAAGCACAAGUGUGCACGCUAUGCCUUCACGACUGAUGCCAUCAAGUGGGUGCUCUGA